ACAUAAAAUUAUUGUUCAGCUAGAUCAUAUCAUCAAUAAAAUGUUAAAUGUUAUUUUUAUAAUUUUAUUACUUUGUUCCAUACAGAUACAAUGCAAUGAAAAUCCUAAAUAUAAAAGUAAUGAAGAGUUAAAAAAGUUUAUGGAAGUUUUUAAUAAAACUUCGGAAUUUUAUAAUGUUUCUGCGCGGCUUUAUACUAUUGGGAAAUCAGAGAAUAAUUUCCCCCUUCAAGUCAUUGAAAUAACAGCAGUGAAUGACACAGAAAAAUUGGGGGUCCCAAAUGUAAAACUAAUCGCCAACAUUCAUGGAAACGAACCAGCUGGUAGAGAAGUUUUAAUUAGGUUUUUGGAGUAUUUAAGAGAAAAUUACCGCAAAGACAAAACCGUGACUUGGCUUUUGGAAAACACGAAAAUCCACGUUCUACCCGCCAUGAACCCAGACGGCUUCGAUCAGUCCAGUCCGGUGAAAGACGGUACAAAGGGAAGAGAAAAUCGAAAUAAAAUAGAUUUAAACCGAUCUUUUCCCGAUUAUUUUUAUCCCGAUCAUUAUAAAAACAACAAAAAAGCAGCGGAAUCUGAAGCUGUCAUUCAAUGGAUGAAAAAAGUUCCUUUUGUUUUGUCUGCUGGGUUUCAUGGAGGUUCUCUGGUAGCCAACUAUCCGUUUGAUGCAGUAAAAAAUACAGUUUCUGGCCAACAAAGUAAGGAAUCAAAAACUUCAGACGAUGAUGUGUUUGUUCAUUUGGCGAAAACAUAUUCCUUAAACCACAAAACAAUGCACAAAAAUAGAUGCGAUAAUAAUGAUAAAUACUUUAAAGAUGGCAUAGCAAACGGUGCCACAUGGUACAUAGUUCAUGGUGGCAUGGGAGAUUACAGUUAUGCUUAUGAAGGCUGCAUGGAGGUAUCUCUGGAAAUUACGUGUUGGAAGUACCCGGAACCCACUGAAUUGGAGAAUAUAUGGGAGGAAAAUAAAAACGCUCUCAUAGAAUACUGUAAGAAAGCUAAUAUGGGUGUUACAGGACAAAUUUUGAAUUCAGAAAAUAACAAACCUAUUGAAGGUGCGCAAUUAAAAAUUAAGGGUAGAGAUAUGACGUUUAAAAGCAAAACUAAAGGACAAUUUUGGAGGAUUUUAUUACCAGGAAAUUAUACUAUACAGGUUAAAGCUGACGGAUACCACGAUACUCAAGUUGAAUUCAAAGUGAAAAAACAAACGUCAGAAUUUCCCAAGUUGACAUUUUUAAGGAUCCGUAUGUUAAAUUCAUCGAUUUCCACGACUACAAGAAGUACUACCAGUACUACUGCUUCACCAAAGACAACCACCAAAAGUACAACAAUUACAAGAGAGAUGUUUAGGAAUAUCGCUGAAAAACAGCCUCGUCUCGCCUAUAGUACUUUGUCGUCUGGAUCAUUUUCUUUUGGUUCCCUAAAAUUUUUUGAACGUUUGUUAGUUGCUUUAACAUUUUAUCUUUGUUUAUUUUAA